AUGAAAUUGUCCAGUAUUAUACUAUCCGCUGCUACUAUUGUUGGUAUUGCAAGCGCACAAACUAGUGGUUCAAACAAUACAGGUGGUGCUGCCGGUUCAAAUACAAGUAAUGCAGCUGCUCCACGUGUAGGCGGUGUUGCUAGUAAUGCUGUCUAUGCAGGUUCCGUAGGUGUUGUCAUUGCUGCUGCUGCCGCCGUAUUAUUCUGA